AUGGCCGCUCCUCAAGAUCCAGAACCUCCAGCUGUGAGCGAGGCAGUCUUCAGUGUGCCCUAUACUCGCAGCCCGAAUUUUGUGGGCAGGUUUUCUGCACUGUCCCAACUUUUCGGAAUGUGGAAACCUGGAGAGAAUGGUCGAAUUGGCGUUGUUGGACUUGGUGGCAUAGGGAAAACCGAACUUGUCAUUGAGUUCGUUUACCGAGUCCGAGAACUAUCACCUGCAACACCUAUAUUCUGGCUCAGAACUGAAGAACUUCAGGAUGGUGGAAUACCCAAAGCGGAGUCAAACUCUCAAACCCUCAUGGUCAUUGAUCCUGGAGACAGAUUCGACAUACUACUCGAAGGAGUGCCUGGUGACAGACUCGUGGAUCGGUUGAAGAGCUUUACAGGCACCAUAGUUCUGCUCGCUAGAAGUGCCCAACAUGGUCGAGAAUUGGUCGCUGCUCGCGACCUAUGCGAGAUUGGAGAUCUCGAGCUCGAAGCGUCAGUUGACCUAUUCCGAGCCAAUCUUGGAAUCGAUGCUCAUCUUGUUUCUACCGAGAGCCAGAUCCAGGAAGUCGCCAAACUCAUAACCUGUUCACCGCGAGCCAUCAUUCAAGUCGCAAAAGUCAUCAACUGCACUGGUAUGAAUCUUUCCCAGUUCCUCGACCUUUACCAACGAGGAGACCCUUUCAAGCUGCGACUCUUCAGCAGGAUUGAUCCCUUCUCCUAUCCGGAUUUCGACAGCUCUGUGAUUGGCAGAGGAGUCUUCGAUGUAAAAAUGUUUCGGAGUACAUAUCGCCAUUUCAAUCGUUUCUUGUAUCAACUUUUCUUCCUAGGCGGCGCUUCUGUACCAAAAGCUAUUUUCUCGUCGUACGAUCCUUUGGACAUGGUUAUUAUCUUAUUUCUCAUCAAGGGACACUUUCUCGUUGUCGAAGACGCCUCGAACCAGACAUAUACUAUCCAUCCGCUUGUCUAUUUGACUAUUCGAAACGCGAUUGGAUUCGAGAGGUCGGAUUCGGAAGGAGCAGACAUCUUGGAAGAGCGACAAUGGUAUGAGGAUGUGGUUCUGGCCUUUUCAGACCAUUACCCAGACGCAAAGAGCGACAGCAGAGCGUGGUGGAAGGAUUGCUUCGCUCAUCUUAUUGGAGGCUACGAUUUACACAACGACGCUUUACGCAUUGCUGUCGCUACGAUAUACCAACGGGAGUCUGCCUUCUUCAAGAGAAAAGGAAUGUAUACCGAGGCUCUGAAGAUGGCAGUCCUUGCUCGAAACGUGCUUCCGAACCCAAUGCCGACGCAACAACUCAGCAUUAUCCAGGACCAAGUCACCCUUCUGUCUUUACUCGCAAGAUAUCGAGACAUGCAUCAAGUUCUUCAAGGAUAUUCGGCAGACCAAGGUCCACAAUCAUCAAUAUGGAAGAAGAGAAUGCUGGCGAAGUUGGAGCAGAUCGAUUGUGCAAAUCAGUACGAAUCUGCUGUUGACUCAUUCCAGCAGAUUCUACUUGCGAGCGAAGGAUCGAAUGUUCCAAAAGCAGACCUCUUCCUAUCCAUGGAUGACGUCGGUCAAGCAUUGAUGCACAAAGGUCGAUAUCGAGAUGCUGCUGUUGUGUGUCGAAAGGCUCUCGCAGAAAGAAAGGACACUCUUGGAAGCUCAUAUCCCGACACUCUAUCCAGCUGCCAUAACUUGGCCAGAAUCCUAAAGCGAGACGGCAAACUGGAAGAAGCUCUGCGCUAUAUCCAAGGUGCUUUACUUGGCAGAGAGAGUAUCUAUGGCCCGGAUCAUCCUGAGACUGUUUUCAGCAAAGUCGUCAAAGCAAGCAUUCUGAUUGCCAAAGCUAUCUCUACCGCCGAUUUUGAUGAAGCAGAAACCCUGCUUCUCAACUGUGUUGAUCGAUUAACAGCCAGACUAUCGGUCACUCAUCCCCUUGUCCUUUCAUGCAAGAGUGAAAUUGCACUCAUCAUGCUCGGCCGCGGAAACUACGAGAACGCAGAAUUGAUGAACAGAACCACGAUGACUGUCAGAGAAGAAGGACCUUGGCUCGAACCAAUGACCCACCCUGACACUUUGACCAGCAAACACCAAUUGGCCGAAGUUCUGCGAUUGAAAGAAGGAUGCAAAGCUGCCGACCUUCUAAGUGAACGUGUCCUUACUGAAAGAACGGCUGUUCUCACAAAGGGCACUAUGAGCGGAGACGACUUCCACCCCGACCAACUCGCAAGCCUUCACCACCGCGCCAUCGUUCUUUCAGGUCUCGGCCAACACACCGAAGCACUAGAGAAAAUCGACCUUGCACUCACCGGACAAAAAACCAUCCUCGGCGACGACCACCCAGACGUUUCCCUCAGCAUGACCUGGAAAGGCGAGAUCCUGCGUGCGCAACUCCCCAAACGGGACCCCGAACGGGGCGAGAACCUCGACGCCAUCGAGAGCAUGCACAAACAAGCCCUGGAACGCCUUACCUGGGUCUUCGGCCCCGAGCACCAAAGCACUUUACAAUGCGCCACGAACCUUGCUCUCCUGAAGCACGAACGCGGCGGAUCUGCACGCGCUGAAGCAGAGCAUUUGCAUCGACAGAUCUAUAAAGCUUACCAGAGGAGCGUGGGAGGUUUGCAUCCGGAGACGCUGAAGAGUAAGGCAAGGCUGGCGGAAGCUAUGAGUGCUUCUCCGUUGGCGGAUCCAGAGGAGGCGAAGAAAUUGUGGAGGGAGAGUUGUGCUGGGUUCGGGAAGGCGUAUGGGGUUGAUGCGUAUGUGACUGCGAAGGCGUAUAAGGAGUAUGAGAAGAGUUUGAGGAUGCAUUUAGAUCAGUGA